CUCACAGGCGGGUUGCGCAUUAGUGUAGUAAGUUCUGUCUCAUUUUUGUAUCAAUAGUCACUGUCUUUUACAAAAAUAGUAAGUCUACUUGCCGUUUGUUUUGUCUUCCUUGUUUUUGAACGUAGUUAGAAUUACUUUCGUAGACAAGCUGCAAAAUGGCAACAAGCGCAGACGCCUUCCUUGCAGAUCUGGAGGAUCUCGAGGAAGAUCUCGGCUACCAAAAUGCCUAUGAUCCCCACAGCGGAGCCUUCCACGCCCAAGAUGACGAUAUGGAUGUGGAUGGCGGCCAAGGAGGCGCUUCUAAGAGAGCUGGAGAAAAUCUACUCGACGAUGAUGACGAGGAUGAGGAGGAUCCAGCCGAUGCGCCUAUAUCUAACAUGUUGAGGAGUGCGGAGUUCAAGAACGUGAUAGCAGAAGUCUGCGAAAAAAAGGACCUAGCCGCUGAAGACGCAGCAGAACAGGUUUCUGGUGCAGCAUUCACCGAGGACGAUCCGGAGUACAAGCUAGUCUCCAGAUGCAACACUCUGGUGAAAGAGAUCGACGAGGAAAUGUUCGUUCUCUACACCGAGGUGAAGGCGAUUUUUCAGACGAAGUUUCCUCAGUUGGAGAACAUUCUGGUGAAUCCGUUCGACUACCUGUCAGUAGUACAAAGGAUGGCGGAUGAAUGUAAGAGGAGUGGCGAUUGCGACAUCUCAAAGAUGGACUUCACGGACAUUCUGCCGAACCAACUGAUCAUGACAAUGACGAUUACAGCGACGCACUCAAAAACGGCACCAUUGGAGCCGAGGCAGUUGGCGAAGGUACUUUUUAGAUAUUGAUAUGUAUCUACAUCUACUCUGGAGGUUUUAGAUAUUGAUAUGUAUCUACUCGGGAGGUACUACUUAACUGAUUGGCCUCACACAAAGUAGACUUAUUUAUUGCUUUAUAAGAGGCACCAUGACAUGACAUUUUGUCUUCUGAGACCGAUCGUACAUACUCUCCGUCAUGUAGGUUUGUUCUAUGUUCAAUUCAACAGAGUAGCAUUUCUCGUUUUCUCCUCUGUAUUCUCUUCUCCAAGGCCCAAAUCCAUUCACCCUUGAACGCUUCAGGCCGUCACCGCAUGCGACGAAGCGUUUCAACUGAACGAUCAUAAAAGGGACGUCUUGCUCUACCUGGAAUCCCGGAUGUCUAUCUUCUGCCCAAAUCUAGCUACCCUCCUAAGCCCCUCAAUCGCUGCCAAACUUGUUACCGCAGCAGGAGGACUUCUGAAUUUAAGCAGAAUGCCAGCUCAAAACAUUAUGCUGAUAGGAGCCCAGAAACGGGCCAUGCUGGGUCUGGCGGGACACAAUAACCAGGGACUGGUGUUGAUGUGCGAUUUAAUCCAGAGUUCUAAACCGGAGCACAGAAGCAGGGCGAUACGGUACACCUGAAUAUAAACCUAGAAGAUGCCUCAGCUCUCUAUUUUCAGGUUUUGUUGUUCUUCUACUUCUUCAUCGAUUCUGUGAGUCCCAUAAGAUCCUCCUUUAAUGAACUCCUUCCACCGUUCCUUCUCAUAUGCAAAACGAAAACGUCAAACCACAAACUCCAAUUGCAGAUCUGGUGCAAUGGUCAGUGUACUGGACUUCGAAAUGCAGGAUCUCCCUUGAAACUUACCACCAAAGGUUCGAAUCCCACUACCAUGAUGACUCAUCAGUACCGCUAUCUGAGGGCUAGCCCCAGUGCGGAACGAAAAUGACAAGCAUAUGACUGAUAUUUCUACAGUGGUGAUACGCAGAGAUCUUCUACAGUUCAUCGUAACAGUGAUCAUCCUACUAUUGCGUAUCUACGCAACUACCACAGCCUCGUCGCUGGCAAAUCUGCUAUCGCUGCUAGAUGUGAUUGGCAUCGUACGAGUCAAUUAGGCGAAACGGGUGCUCAAUUACGCGAAUCUAUCCAAGCAGCUAUGGCGAAAGCCGCUCUUCCGCCACCUGCGAAGCAAAAGAAGGCCCUUCCUAGGCCAGACGAUGUCCCCUGUAAAAAGAGAGGAGGUAAGAGGCACAGAGCAUUGAAGGAGAAAUAUGCGCAGACGGUGAUGCAGAAACAGCAAAAUAGGGUGAAAUUUGGGGAAGAACCGGAACCAGAAAUCGCGCAGGAGAAAAUGGGCUUUGGAUUGGGGAUGAUAUCUGUGACAUCGACGAGAGGCGGCAGAGCGGACUACGUUGGAGGCCAAUUGACGGCGACGAACAGUACUUAUUGUUAUAAGGCUUGGGAGUUGACAUCUCGAUCUCUAAGCGCGUCUCUGUCGCAUAUCUGUGGCUUUCCUACUUGAAGGGCGCCAACUUUCAACCCCUAAUGUUGCGUUUAUUUUUUGCUCACUUCUGACUGUGAUUUCCUUUUGGACUGUGAAAUGUUCGACUUCAGUUCGAGGACUAAUGUUAUGGAUCAUUUCGUGAUUACAACACCUCACCUAAUGUUAUGGAAAUUAUCGAUAACUACUCUUAACUUUUUCCCAACGUUCCAAAAUAAACCUCUUUCUACCCAAAAAACCAGCUGGCGGCAGCGGCAAAGUCAAGGCUGCAAAGCAAAAAGAAAAGCAGAGAAACGAGGCUGCUAUGAAACGCCAGCGCUUAGCAGCAGGUGCAGGUGUGCGAGAGUCUGGUAUGUCGAGUUCGUUGGCCUUUACCCCCGUCCAAGGUAUCGAACUCGUAAACCCUGUUCAAAAGAAGCAAACCAUCGACCCUGCGGACAGAUACUUCGCAAACAGCGCAAAUUUUGUGUCGUUGAAUGAACAAUGAACAUAUGGCGAUAUGUGAAGAAGGCGCUUUAUUCGACGACCAUAGACUUUUACAUUGAGUUUUUGUGUCCUCAGCAUUCUCUUUAUCCCCCUUCCCGACGCUUAACCCACAAAAUUUAAUGACAUGUUGUACACGGACUUGUGCUGUGUUUUACAAGUAAUGACUUGCCUGAAGCAAGGCACAUCAAGUAAAUGAA